CGCAAAUCCGUUGCCAGUCAAGCGUCCGUGGAGCCGCCUGAAGAGAAAGAGAAGUACGAGAUAUCUCCAUAGAAAAUAACCGAAAAUAACAGAAGCUUUGCGUUGCUAUUGGAUCGUUGCGCUGCUCCCCUUUCCAGCCCGCUGAAUCCGAUUGGAGGGCUGGGAGUUGGGAUCCCGCCCCCGCAGCGCCUCCCUGCAGCUGGCCCAGCUCAAAGCCCAGCUCGUUACCGCUGCAACCGCCACUUCUGCCGACACUCACCCCCAUCCACCUCCUCUCGCCCCCCUCAUCAACCUUCUCAAAGCAGCACCUACCGUCAAUAACAUGUCCCGUCCCCUAUAUAACCCCUUGGGGGAUCAGUACUCUUCACAGGCCAAGAGAACUGCCCCCCAGAUGGGGCAGUACGGACUCACACAAUCCCAGGCCGGAAGGGACCCUCUGGGGGGCUCCCGCCUUGGUCUGGGGUCUGGUGGUGGUGGUGGUUCCUCCGGCCAGGGAGGCAUGAUGUCCUCGAUGGUGUCCCAGCAGAUGGGGUAUGACCCGGGGCAGAGAUCGACCGGGAUGACCCCGGAGUUGGAGACCUCCAUAGACCACCACAUCCGCGGGGCCAGAGAGGAGGUGAGGCUGCUCAGCCAGUUGAUGCAGCAGAAUAAGAACCCGCAGGUCUCCCUGGACGCCCAAGACCUUCGCCUAAGUCACGACCCCAUGGACGAGCUCUCGUCUGGGGGAGGGCUGGGCGGUUACACCCCUGGCCGGACCUCCAGCGACCAGCAAGGUUCCAUGGACUCCUGGGAUGGCUACCUGACCCAGUCUGCUUCCUCCAAACUCUUCUCCUCCACCCUUCCUCAGUACCAAAGCCAAACCUCUGGGUUUGGAGGUGCGGGAGUGCUGGGGUCCACCUCAAGGGGUUCCGAGACUCCCAUGAGCGCAUCGGCCGCAGCCUCUCGUCCAGCCCGGUACACAUCCGAGUCCGCCAGCAGCAUCCUGGCGAGUUUCGGCUUGUCCAACGAAGACCUGGAGCUCCUCAGCCACUACCCAGACGAUCAACUGACACCAGACAACCUGCCCUUCAUCCUCAGAGACAUCCGCAUCCGUAAGGCCAAUAGAACUAUGGAUGUGGACCGUCGGCUCAAGGUAGGCGGUGGACCUGGCCCAGGGUCCGACCGCGGUGGUGGAGGACUGAGCAAAGUGAUCGAUUACGAACAUUCUAGUGCUACUAACUACGACAGUUAUGAUGAUGGCGAUAAUAGUCAACCCGAUAAUUACGGCGCGCGCAAUCCGCUCACGAAGGAGACGUCAAAAUAUGACAUGGUCAGAGACUCGCUGAGCGGGUACGCCGGCCAUUCCAUGACCUCCGACCUUUCCAAGCAGCGUACCCAACAGCAGCACAUCCACAGCCCUGCGGUCCAGAGCUCCAUGAAAGUCACAGACUCUCGCAUCGGCCUUCCUCCGCCUUCCAGCCAACCCCAGCAGACCCUCAAAACCCACGGCUCAUCUAAAGCAACAUCCAAGCCCAUGAACAUCCCUGUCCGCAGCGGAGACCAAGGACUCAACCGACUCCUGGCGUCCCAGAAUCAAGGCAACGCUCGGGGCCACGCUCAGCCCCGGUCCGGCCUGGUGGUUCUUGGUGGUGGAGGUGGUGCUGGGGUCGGAAUUCCAGGACUCCGGGUUGGAGGUGUCCCGAUCGGGGUUCCUCCUCCCACGACACCCCCCAUGUGGCCUUCCUUAUUCCCCAUCAUGAACCCGUCGAUUCCACCUCCUGGUCAUGUUCCGGUGACUGUUCCUCCGCCCCGGAUUGGUCCGAUGCCUUCCUUGCUCCAGCAGAGGAACCUACCUCCCCCGAUGAUGAUGAUGAUGCCGAAGAGGUUACCGACUCCGACCAUGAUGAGUGAUUACUCCGCUGCUUCUCCCAGAAUCUUUCCUCAUACCUGUUCUCUCUGUAACAUAGAAUGUUCCCAGUUAAAGGACUGGAUCGAGCAUCAAAACACCGGCCUCCACGUUGAGAACUGCCGUCUACUCAGGAAAUCGUAUCCCGACUGGAAAGUGGAAACUGUCGAUAUAUCAAGCCCUUCUAGUAGAAAUGACAGCAGCCGGUUGUCCUCCAAGCGCCGCCGGACAACACUCUCCGCCUCCCGUUCUCCGUCCUGGUCUCGCUCUCCUUCUCCCCGCCGCUCCUCUUACCACACCCCUUCCUCCUCUACUCGCCGAACUCGAUCCAGGGAACGAUCCCGCGAACGAUUCCGCGAACGUCGACACAACACCACCACACGGCGUUCCCGCUCCCGGUCUCCGGGUUCACUUCGGGGCAGGGAGAGAGAACGUGACCCUCCGGCCUCUUCAUCCCGGAGGUCGCGCUCUAGGAGCCAUGAGCGGGAGAGAACGAGGAGGAGCAGCCUGCCGAAGUCUAACAGUGCUGAGAGACUGGCCAAGAAAAUACUGGAGUCAUCUGCUGGCCUCUCCCUGACUGAGAACACCAGUCUAGAAGUUAUGAUGCAGUCCCUCGCCCCCGCGCACCCAUUCUGUCCGACCCACCACCCCCCAUUCUGUCCCGACACACCACCCCCAUUCUGUCCCUGA